CUGUGGUAGAAAACUGGGAGAGAACAAAUUUAUCUGAGAAAAAUAAGUUAUCUUGUGCAAUCUAACCUCAACUGUAUACAGUCUAAUUUUGAAUACCUCUGAAAUCAAUGGCAGAAGAUUCUUUWUAUGUUUUUUCUGACUUCCAUCCUUGCUAUGAAAUAAAUAAUGUUUCUAAAACACUGACGAGGACUUCUUCCACAGCAUGUGUUUUACUGUAUAUUUUCCUUGGUUUACUCUCUGUUGUCACAGUAUGUGGAAACCUUCUUGUAAUAUUCUCUGUCAUUUAUUUCAAACAACUCCACACACCGUCUAACUACCUCAUCAGCUCUCUAGCUGUGACAGACCUGCUUGUUGGAGUAGUAGUUUUUCCUCUGAGCAUAUCUUUUCCUCUCACUGCUUGUCUGUAUUACAGAGAUAUAUUUUGCAAAAUACGUGACAGCUUUGAUGUUAUACUAAGCUCAACAUCUAUUUUGAAUUUAUGCUGUAUUUCUGUAGACAGAUACUAUGCAGUGUGUAAGCCCCUUGUAUAUAGAAUGAAGAUAAACUUCCAUGUUGUUGGAAUUAUGAUCCUUAUGAGUUGUGKUGUUCCUGUUCUAGUUGCUAUUGGCUUUGUCAUUUCAGAGUUAAACCAAGAAAAAUGUUAUGAAAACUGUUUUCGGGAUGUUGUGCUUGAAAAAUCUUUGACACCUGUUUUUGUAUUUUACCUCCCUAUAACCAUAAUGUUGUAUAUCUACUUGAGGAUAUUUCUUAUUGCUCAGAAACAGGCACGAAGCAUCCAGAGCACAACAAAGUCUGUGGUUACUGUCAGUAGCAUGGAAAGGAAGACGACAAAAACUCUGGCUAUUGUUCUGGGAGCUUUUCUAAUGUGCUGGCUGCCUUUCUUUCUUUGUUUUUCUUUGCAGCUGUUAGGUGGUGUAUCAAUGCAAAUUUAUGAAACACUGAACUGGCUCRCUUUGUCCAAUUCAAUGUUUAAUCCAUUCAUUUAUGCUUUCUUUUAUCAGUGGUUUAGGUCAGCUUUCAAAAUGAUCAUUUCUGGGAAAAUAUUUCAAGGGAACUGUUCAAACUCCAAACUCCUUUGACAAAUUUCAAAUCUGAAAAGCUGAAACCAUUUUAGCACCAUAGAGGUGAUGAUACUGGCAGGUAAUUGUUAGAAUCUGUGUCUUGUGUUCUGUCUUCCUCUGGUGUUCUGUGUUCUCACUACCAUCUUUUCCUCAGUCUGCGCUGUUGUCUCCUGAUUCACUCUCACACGUCUGUACUCAGUAAUUCUUCCUCUUCUUAGAGUUUAUUGGCAGUUUGCAAAAAACUUUAGGUGUGCACUACUGCCACCAACUGGAAUGGAGUGUGGAAAGAAAUGACUCUUACUAACAACAAAAUAAAACAAACAAAAAAUAAAUAACUCAUAUCCUAUCAAAUAAUCAAGCCAAUAUCAGAUAAUUAAUCAGAGUUUGAGAACUAUCAGAUACUGAGUUUCGUUGUAAAAUUUCUAAUGGAUUUAAUCUAAUUUUCAUUUCAUCAAGCCUAUUAAUCAAUUGAGCUCUUUCAUGUCUGUACUUCUGACAGUUUAACAGAAUAUGUUCUAUUGCUUCAUUGUCUCCACAAUCACAUUUACCAGUAUCAUGUUUUCCUAUUAAGGAGAGUGCUAUUUAAUCCUGUAUGUCCAAAUUUAAGAUUUGAUAUAACUACUGUUUCUCUUCCCUUCUGUUUCUUUCAGCACUUCUCAUCUCUCCUACU